GCCAGAAAAACAUCUCGCUCCCCUUGCGGAAGGAGCUCUUUUUCGCCAGAAACGGUGUGUUCUGAGGAAAAAAAAAGUAACAAUUUUCCACUAAAGUGUUUUCCGAUCGUAGUGGCCUCCCUUUACCGGUGCGGAUUUCGUCGGAAAGAAUAUCGGAAAAAGGCACGGGCCGCGGAAAAGUGUAUUACGCGGCGUGGCUCUGCUAGUGGUGGUGGUGGUGGUAGUGCCAUCAUCGUCGCCGUCGUCGUCGAUCGAUGAUUUCAAUGUUUUCAUCUCACAAACCACCAACAGCAGCAGCAGCAGCAGUGAUGGCGGCGUGAUCUCGGUGAUUUCGGGAUUUCGUUGAAGCAAAACAAGUGAUCCGGCCCGAAAAGUGUCCUGCUAAAUGCCUUAUCGUGCCGUUGUGCCGUGGUGCGGUGCGUGUGAAAACAGCAGAAAGAAACACAGGGUGUGGUGGUGGUGAGCACGACGGGUGCUCCGAUGACCAGAGAGGCACCCCUUUUGUUUUGACCGUCUCCGCCUGUGUGGACGACGAGACCGAGAACAAAACCAGCAGACAUCACCCUCGCUACUUCCUUCGUUUCCCAUUGUGCAACACAAUCAUCGUGCGCCCGUUUUGGCCUCCCGUCACCACCGUGAAAGCCUAAAGAGCAGGUGCAACCACCGGCCGGGCAACACUGGGUGGUUCAGCCACGUAACUACACCGCUGUGGUGAUCGUCAAUCAUCACGGCAAUCAAGCGAACGCAGCUCACACCGUGUGAACGAGAAGAAUCCUCAUCCUUCACCUGCUUCUACUGCUGCGCCUGCUUCGUGAAAUAGAAUCACAUUCCCCGCAACCGAACCGAACGGACACGGUUUUCCAUUGGCCGCGGUCGUGCGCCUUCCUCAACAUUCGCGUACCAGUCGCCUCGCACACCAUCCCGACGUUAUCGACGACGGCAACGUUUCAGUCGAACGGGGAGCGGAACACACAUACUCUCGAUCUCAAACGGCGGUGUACCUGAUAACGAAGACAUACUCGCAGCGCUGUGCGCCUCGGCCACGACGGAAGGAAUCGCGCUGAUCGGCUUUACAUUUCGUGGAUCGCACACGUAUGGCCACAAACGAUUGCCAGCUACUACUGCAAUCCAAAGCAGUUGCCCCCCAGCAAACGGUGCGCGCCUACUACGGUACUGCAACUCUCACCGAAGACUCGUUGUACCUCCGUUUCUAAGCGUGUGCAGUUGCUACUCCGUUUCUUAAAGACGGAACGAAACACUACCAGGAGGAACAAGUAACGCGCACCAAACGUUACAAUGAUGAUGGGUGGUUCAUCUGUUGCGUAUCGCGGCCAACGCGCUCGUCCAAUCACAGCUAGAUCGCACCGGAUUGCGAGGCCGAUACCAUCUCACCGGCAUCGGAAUGCAGCAACGAUCCUGUUGAUAUCGAUGGCGAUGAUGAUGAUGACGCUGCUGCAGCAGCUUCCACCCGCCCAGGCGGACAUUCUCGUCUAUCAGAUGCUGAGUGAUCAAAUUAUCGAAGAGUUCCGUGACCUGCCGGCGACAUUCGGUGGCGAGAUACCGGACACGGGCUUGAAGGUACUGGCGGACAGGGCCGAUCCUGCCGAUGGUUGCUCCGCCAUGCGCCCACCACCGAACGUUACCAGCAGCAAGUUUGCAGUCGUUAUCGCACGAUAUAACUGCUCCUUUGAGGAGAAGGUUCGCAAUGCUCAGCUGGCAGGAUACGCGAUGGUCAUCGUCCACAAUGUUGGCAGUAAUGAUUUAGAACACAUGUCUGCCAACCAUCCACAGGAUCUGAUUAUCCCGUCCGUGUUUGUCGGUGAAAGCAGUGGCCGGGGCAUCAUCGAGAGCUAUCUGUACGAUCACGACUAUGCGCUCGUCAUCACCGAUGACAUUCCCUUCAACAUUAGCAACAAUCUGAUCAUCCCGUUCGCGAUCGUCGUCGGGCUUUGCUUCAUCAUCAUGCGUUGCUUUCAGGUGCUGUUCAUGAUUGCCCGAUGUAUUCGCGAACGACGCCGUACGCUACGCCGACGUCUACCACCGUCGCUACUCCGUCGAAUGGGUAUCGUAAAGUUCGUCAAGGGUAUGCACUACGAAACGUGCGCCAUCUGUCUGGAGGAUUUCGUCGAGAACGAUCGCUUACGGGUGCUGCCGUGUCGUCAUGCCUACCAUGCACUGUGUAUUGAUCCGUGGCUGACAAAAUCACGGCGCGUGUGCCCUAUUUGCAAGCGGCGUGUGCUGGUGCAGGGUGAGCGACGUCAGCGACGUCACCGGUCUUCCAGUGGAAGUAUGUCUUCGUCGGAUGCCGAUGAAAAUGCUCCACUGCUGCAACAAAAUGCGGCGGCCAACAAUGCGGGGGCGGCAGCACAGCCCGUUUCGGAUGUGCUAGUAACCAAUGCCAAUGCCCAAUCUCCCAAUGCACAACCUACCACCACGCAACCGACGGCGUCAUCGGUCACAGUAGACACCGCAUCGAGUGACGGUAACGUGCACACCUCGCGUAGCUACGAAGCAUUGCUGCAAGCGAUCAACACCGUACAGAUUCGUGUGCAGCACUCGGACGACGAUGACGAGCUGCUGGACGAUCGGAAUGUCCAGCAACCGAUGCAGCGAACAGGCGAUACAACUUCCUCCGGUGCUUCACCUUAUGGUGCCAUCGGUGAUGAGGAGCAGCUAACUCGCUGGCAACGUUUCAAAAGCUUCUUUUCGCGCCCACGGACCCAGUAUGAGACACUACCGGAUGCGACGGCUGGUGGCGUUGGUAUCAGUGGCGCUGGUAGCAACAACAGCAGCAACAACAUCCUUAACACACAGCAUUCCGGAUCGUUCCAUACGGGCGAGGAAACAACGGAUGAUGAGCUGAUCGAGCGGAUGAAUGAUGUGGUCAAGCGAAGCCAGGUACGCUCCGCACCUGACCUUCUUCCCUCGACGAGCGGUCGACGUGGUGGUGGUGGUAGUGGUGUCGUUGGUGAAGCUGGUGCCGGUCCUUCUUCCGCGUCCUCACCUCGAUUGGGUGUGGUCGCGUUACCGAACGUAAACUUUGAACCACCAAAUGGUGGUGGCACAAGUGGAGGUAUUUGGCCAUCAUCAUCAUCAUCAUCGUCAUCCUCCCGGCGACAGAGUCGACCGAGAACCAGGGGGGGUGACAUCGUGUAAAUAAUCCCUUAGAUGUAUAACCCGUGCAAGGGAGUGGAGGCCAUCUUUAAGGAAGCAAAAAGGCACAUCGGAUCGCAACGUGUGAGACGCGACCGUUUUGGAGCGUUCCUGUAGCGAGUGUAUUCUGUUUAGAGCCGAUCAUGCUUAAAUUCCUUCGUUUUUGUUUUUCUUUUUUUUACCCAAAGCAACAAAUGGCCCCGGUGUGUUUCCGGGCGUUGGUCAUUCUCUCCGACCGCGGUAGCGUUCCGAUGGUACUGGAUGUAGCUCGAAUGAUGGAACACCAGGCAAUUAGGCAAGAGAAAGGAUUGGUUGUAGUAGUCAGUAGUACGAAGAAGCGUAGAGUCGAGAGGUGUAAUAUGCAAAAAAAGCGAUCAUAUUGAUGUCGCUUUACCCACGUGAUAUAGCAACUAUGUAUAAGAAGAUUCUCAUUUCCGAGUUCACGACCCGAGUGGGCCAGGGGUUACACAUCGAAGGUGUCCACCUUCGUAUUGUAAACGAACGAAGCGCUCCCGCGUGUACCGCGGCUAGGCAGCUUCAUUCGGGUUGGUUGGUUCGGUUUUCCACCCUCCCGGAGGGCAGGGCCGUUCCGUUUGCGUCGUAGUAGUGUGGUUUGUACUGUGCCUCUGUCCAUGCUGAGGACCCACUCAACAACACAACAAUCCCGUAUCCGCGCAGAAGGGGAAGUGUUGGCAAUCCAUCUAAUUACCUUUGAAAGUAUAGUCAUCCGAUAAUUAUCUUUAUAAUUAUAUUACCCGUCGUCGUCAUCGUCGAUUCCCAACGUUCGUUUUACUAACUGAAACUGAAUUGAAUUAGUGAGCAGAGAGCGAGAGAGAAGGGGGAGCGAAGAGCGUGUUUGAAAUGGGAAAGUUGUUGAAACCGAUAAUAAAAAGCCACCAGCAAUGGUUUUCUUUUCAUUAAAACGCA